AAGUGCUGUUGUAUUUUUGAAGGAUUGAGAAUGAUACAGCUGCUAAAGAUGUGAAGCAGAGUCAAGUAAAGAUUACAACAAGACCAAAACUAAAGCAUUACUGUCGAAUGUAGCUGCACAGAACUGCCAUUUAACUCAGGAGGUUUUAGUUUGUCCAUUGUCAGUAGGCUGCGGUUCAACUAAUAGUAAUGGCGGAUCAGUCAUUGUAUGAAACAAGUCACACAUCCAGUAACACCGAAAAUGUUUGUUAUCAACAAGAGCCUUGUGAGCCCCUUCCUGCAGUGACUGGAUGCUUGAAUCACAACUAUGGGAAUCAGGGAAUGGGAAAUCCCCAAGUUUCCCCUGUAUCUCCCUGUUUUUCUCAAGAUAAAAGAGAGAACAUCAUUCCAGGAACUUUGAACACAGGUAUGAAAACUUCGGAGACAAUGGAAUCUCCCAGGUUAACUGAAUGGUCUCAUUCUAAUACAGGAAAUCAUAUUGCUUUUAGAAAUAAUGUUUCUAAUUCCAUCCUUUGGAAUACUCCAAGUUCAACUGCAUCAGGUGAUGCAUACCAGUGUACAUAUUCAUCUCAGGCCACUGGCAGUCAGCCACAAAAAAUUAGCAGUAGUGUUUUGCAUAAGUUAGACUCAUUUGCACAGACAUUUGCCGGUCAUAGUCAUAGAAUGCAGCAGGCUAGCUGUAUGGGACAGAGCCUUCAGACACCUGCUUGCAUACUGGACAAUACUAGUGAGGGUGCAGUUAAGCAUUUGUUAUCUCAGAAACCACAGGAGCAACAGCAGGCAUCUUCAGGUGGAAGGUAUCACUCAGCAUUUGCACUCCAAACACUCAGAAAUUAUGCAGUUUUGCAGCAGAAGCAGCGGAUGCAGAUGCUGCAGCAGCAGCAGCAGCAGCAGCAGCAGCAGCCACUGUACUAUGAAUACCAACAACAGCAACAACAACAACAGCAAACUCAGCAGUUUGCCCAGCCGCAGUCACAUGCACAGCCUGUAAUGCAGCAGCAGCAUACACAGCAGGUACAGACCCAGCAAAUCCUUCAGCCACAGCAAAUGCAGCAGGCACAGUACUAUCUGCAACAUCAUACUCAACAGCAGCAACAUGUUUCUUUGCAGGAUGCCCAGCAGCAACCACAGCAGCUCUGCUCUUUGCCAGCUGUUCAGUAUUACCAGCAACCACAUACUGUUCACCAGUUACAGCAUACUGUACAACAUCAGCAGCAGCAACAACACACACAGCCACCACCUCAGUAUCACAGAGAUCCUACCCUCAAGUGUAUGCAGCAGGCCCAUCAUUGUACGCAAGAACAAGCUCCAAAUAUUCAACAUAUUCAGUUAAAUUUUGUGUCCUCUCAGUUUGUCUUCCAGGAUCAUCAUCAUCAACAGCAGCAGCAGCAGAAGCAACAACAGCAGCAGCCUCAGCCAUACAGACAUGUUUAUCAUCGGUAUGUAGUACCACAACAGCUACAGGAACCAGCUGCCCAGGAGAAACCAGUCCAGAGUGAAAGCAAGUUGCAGAAUUCUAUGGAUACUCAUGCUAGCACUUCAGCCGCUGAAGUAGGCAAUAAUUUGUGCCAAGAUUUCAGUAAAAUUAGUCUUCCUGGAAGCAACAGUUUUUCUCAUCGUGCUUUAGUUUUACCAACUGAUCAGGAUGGAGGUAGGAAAGGACCUCCACAACAGGCAGUAUGUGCUGCCUGGCCUCAGGUUUCAACAGAAAGGAAACCAGACUGCACUCCUGAACAGAGACUUGAUGUGAAGACCCGAUUAUUGUGUUCAAUAUGUUCCAAGGAAUUCAGAAGCCUGCCUGCUCUUAAUGGUCAUAAGAGAUCACAUUGUGGAGUACGGACAUCACCCUUUAGACAGGAACAAGGCGAGAAGCAGCAACCGAAAGAGGUGGAUAACCUUAUGCCAGUCAUCAUGCCUGUUUCUGUGCCUGUUACUCUUCCACCAUCUGAUCUCAGUAAAGAAACCAAUAUCAGCAUCCAGAUCAAGGAACACCAUGCCACAUCUUUGUUAGAUGAAGAUAUGCCAGUCCUCAAGAAGAUGUCAGUCACUCAAUCAUACUCUGUUGACGUGGCCAACCAGUGCUCAUCUUCUGAGACUGAAAGAAAACCUCUUUUUGGUGGUACAAAGACAGACAAGAAAGAAGAAAGUAUAAAAUCUCAAAAUAGCAAGAAAAAGUAUCGUCAUAGACUGCAACCACUUUACAUACCUCCCCCUCCUUUGUACCCUGGUACCACACUGUAUCAGAGUCAGCUUCGCUCACCAAGGAUUGUGGGAGACCACCAGCUGGAUGUGACUCAGGAACUACCAUCUUAUACACCUCCACCAAUGCUUAGUCCAGUUCGGCAGGGAUCUGGUCUCUUCAGCAGCGUCAUAUCUACUUCUCAUGGCAACUCUCAUCCAGCACUUUCCAUGUCUGCAGGAACAACAACAACUCCGCGAUUACUACUCUGCCGCAGUGGUUGUUUUGAUGGAGGUAGUGUACCAGUAACCCCAGGACCAGGAGAACAGACUGUUGAGCCACGGAUCAACAUCGGACCACGAUUCCAAGCUGAGAUUCCUGAACUGCAGAGCAGACAGUGGGCCAGAAAGUAUUUACAUAAAGCAGAUUUGAUCUGGAAACCAUGGUCAGAACUGGACAAUCCAGACUAUCAGCAAAGAGUGGACAGUCUACUAAACUUGGCAUGUUCUAGUGCAGUUCCUGGCGCUGGAGCCAACGUGGAGUAUGCUCUGCAUUGCCUAUUUGAAGCCAGAGGUGAUUUUGUGGUUGCUCUGGAUAAAAUGCUUCUUAAAAUGUCAUUGAAGAAUGAGAGUCCGUCAUCAGAUUACCAUUAUGCAGGAGCUGAUAAAUGGUCAUCAUUUGAAAGGAAACAGUUUUUGAAGGCAAUGAUUACACAUAAUAAGGAUUUCAUCCUUGUCCAAAAAGUGGUGAAGUCUAAAACAGUGUCACAGUGUGUGGAGUACUACUAUACUUACAAGAAGAUCAGACGACUAGGAAGGAAGCACAAGGCCCGCUUAGUAGAAAUACGCUGUAAUGGAAUGCCAUACCUCAGUCAGUGUUUUUGGAUACUUAUUCGUUGGUGUUACUGGGGUUCCUUUUUGGUGUGGAUUUUUGCUUCUUGUUUUUUCAUUUUACGUUUUAUGCCAACUGAUACAGGCUUGAUGGCUCAGAGCUUAGACCAGAUUGAUGUGAUAGAACUUGACUAUGAACCAGGAGCAAAGGCUUGUCAGUCGUUUACAGUGGGAGCGAAUGCUUGCAAACCAUUUGAAGCAAAACAUGUGGAUACGUUUCUAACGAAAGUUAGAGGUGUCAUGAAUCCAUUGCUUAAUGAAGAUUUUGCUUUAACUUCCAGUGAAGAUGAAAGAGAAAAAGGUUUGGGUUUUGAUUUUUUAACCCUGACAGCAGAAGUACUUGACUUAGAGAGAGAGUUAUGUAAACUUGCCCGGGUCCAGUACGAGAGAUUCCAUCUAGAGGUUUGUUUAAAAGACAAAGUUAUACCUAGAGGGCUGAGAAUUCUUAAAAUGCCAGCUCAGGUUGAAUGUGAUGAUGAAUUAUUAAGUGAAUGGCAGAGACUGAACUUAACUACUAGUCUGGGCUACUUGAAGCUUCUAUGUACAGCAGCUCAGAGACGUGAAUUGAUUUUAUCUGAUGUUAUCAAAGAAAAGUACACCAAGUUGUGUGGCAAAUAUCAUGGGGAAUUGUUUCACAAGAGAGACAGGAAAGAUUUUCCAGCCGGUCAUAUCUUCUCAUGGCCACGAGAGGCCGCUGUUGUGCAAGGUAAUAUGUCUAUGACUGAUGUAGUAUCACAGAAUGUUCCUUUGAAAGCAGUUAAUAACAAUGUUAACAACAGCAGUUUGUGUAGAGACCAUGUUGGUAAUGGAGGGGGAGAAAAUAGUGGGCCUAAGAGUACUUCCAUAUCCAACAACACGGUUUCUUCACCUAAUGAGGUUUUUCCUAUAAGUUCCAAUUUAGCAGGAACUAAACAGAAAACAUUGCAGAUAACUGCUCACGUACACAGAGCUGAUUCACAGUCAUUAGAAGAAGAUGAAGUAAAGAAAGCAAACUCCACCAAAGAAGAUGUUUGUUUUGGCCUAAAUUUUCCUUUGCCUGUGAGGGACAAUUCGACAACUCGGCAAGGGACAUAUGUGGGUCGAGAACAGCACAUGGGCAGAGGAAGGAGUACAACUCGUUACAAAAGGAAACUGCAGGAAGACACAAACAGUCUGCAGAAUGUGAAGAAAACCUUCUCGAAAGUGUGUAAUGUUGAUGAGGGUUUGGAAGAUGAUGAGCCUGAAGUUGAGAGAAAAUCAGAAAAAGACAAUGAGUGUAGAGCACAGAAGUCUUCAGACCUGCUACCUUCUGCUCUAGAACUACCUUAUGAGGCAGAAUCUCAACACCAUAUUGUACCUCCUGCCCCAGUAGCAUCAUUUGUAUGUGAAAUGCCAAAUUGUGGUGGAAUUUUCAGCUCUAGACAAGCAUUAAAUGGUCAUGCACGUAUCCAUGGUGGUACAAGCCAAGCAUCAAAGUCACAUUCUUUAGCUUCUUCUAAACCAAAACCAAGACAGCAGUCUGGAUAUGACUCAGUCAAGAGUUCACCCGCCCACAGCACAGCCAGUGGUGAUACAGAUAUAAGUACUCCUUUUCCUUGCAAGGAGUGUAACAAGGUGUUUUUUAAGAUUAAAAGUCGUAAUGCUCACAUGAAGACCCACAGGCAGCAAGAAGAACAGCAGAGACAAAAAAGGCAAAAAUCUGAAGCAGCAGACAUGACUGUAGCAACUGAACAGACAUUAGAGCCAGUGAGGCAGUCUUUUCCCCCUAUAGAUCACAUGAGUCUCAUCAAGCAGCAUGUGGAGGACCUCACCAGCGAAUUUGAUCCUGAUUUCAGUGAUGUCAUGGAAGAAGCUGUGGGCAUUGAUACUGACCUUAUUAUUGAUGAAGAAGGUGUGGACUUGCUUUGUGAUGACGAUGACUUCUAGAUAUAAUAUAUAUUUUUUGUAGUGAUUUUUAGCCUUCACAAACUGAAUACAGUCCUUCAGCUAGAGUUCUUAAUGACUUAGAAGAUUUUUCAUUCUGAAGACUAUAACUUGCUGUUCUUCUUUUGCUUUUAUGGGUUUGCCAGUUCUUAUUUGCAUUGGCAUUGAGGUUUAUAUAAAAAUGUUUACAAUUUCUGGAAAAUUCUUGACUUCAAGAAACUAUUUUGGUAACUAUUGAAUGAGUGUGAAGUUAUAUCAGUAUUCCAAAAUGUGUUUUAUAUUAUUUUCAUUUAUAUAAAAUAAGAAACAAAUUUGUGAUA